AUAUAGGUUAUUGUACGCGAUAACAGCUCCCUUGUCGGUCUGUCUGUCGCUUGUUUUCGAGAGAACAUCGCUCAAGAAUGUUUUCUGCCUGUGUCGCGCGCGCACGCACACGCGCGCACGCAUACAUGCACAGCGCGGCCAGCGCGCGAAAGAAGUGAAGCGCAUCCGCCGAGGCAGCAGCAUCGGAGUCGCACGGAUAUCCUCACUCGGAUCGCUUUUACAUACCAGGGCUAGCCCUAACCUAGGUGCUUUUCACAUGGGGACGCAACUCCUCAGCUGCCUGGAAUGUAUUCGGCUCUUACAUUUACAUUCGCAAUAACGGUCGACUCAAAUCAGAGAGCGCGCACCUCUGCGGAACGCACAGGCGGCGGAUUGUGAUGUGCGCAUUCGGUGGUAUAUUGGAAAUGAAAGGAAGAAUUGGAUCGGACAGAAUUUGAUAAGGACCCGUAAAAGGGGAAGCAGUUUAGUUUAUGACCCCUGCGAGUGGACACCUUUUGGUUUUACGCAUCAUUUCUGCUCAAGAGAUCGAGUGCGCGAGAGCCUGUACUAUUGUAUAUCAUGUCAUUUCUCUUUGACUGAUCGCAGCAUCCAAGAGGAACCUAGAGAUUGCGAUGCCAGGACAGUGAGAAGGUGGGUCUCAGUUGUUCGGUAGCAUGGCUCCGUCCCGAAGGGGCUGCAGAUGUGACAUGAUCUUUCUGUCGGGAUGCCUACUCCUGUCCGUCUUGGGAUUUCAUCCUACAUUGGCGAAGGUCUGCAACGAUUACACAAGGCACGGCCUGGACAACAACUGGUACACGAGAGAUGGUGAGAAGUUGCCCAUCAUGGUCCUGAUGCCGAUGAAUGAAUCAGCGCUGAUGAGCAGCAUCAGUCAAGGCAUCGAGCCGGCCGUUCAGCUGGCCAUCCAGCACAUCCGCGAGUCCAGGCAGUACUCCUUCUCGCUCAUCACCAAAAUCUACGACACGGAGUGUGACAACGCAAAGGGAUUGCGGGCCUUUUUUGAUGCAAUCUGCUACGGUCCGAAACAUUUGAUGAUCUUUGGAGGAGUGUGUCCGUCAGUGACUUCGAUCAUUGCCGAAUCGUUGGAGGGGUGGAACCUUGUGCAGCUUUCUUUUGCGGCCACAACUCCUGUCCUGGCUGACAGGAAAAAGUAUCCAAAUUUCUUCAGGACUGUCCCAUCAGACAAUGCUGUGAACCCUGCUGUGGUAAAGUUUCUCAACUAUUACAACUGGAGCAGAGUGGGAACUCUGACCCAGGAUGUCCAGCGCUUUUCGGAGGUGCGGAAUGAUUUGACCAAUGAGCUGGAGAAGGCAGACAUCCAGAUUGCAGACACUGAGAGUUUCUCUAAUGAUCCCUGUGUGAAUGUGAAGAAACUAAAGGAUAAUGAUGUUCGAAUCAUCAUCGGUCAGUUUGAUGAGAAUCUGGCCGCUAAAGUCUUCUGCUGUGCUUACAACCUGAACAUGUAUGGCAGUAAAUACCAGUGGAUAAUCCCAGGAUGGUACCAGGGUAACUGGUGGGAACAGGCGAACUCCACAAACUGUACCACUAAGAAGCUGCUGACAGCCAUGGAGGGCUACAUCAGCGUGGAUUUUGAACCUCUCAGUGCCAAACAGAUUAAAGGAAUAUCAGGAAGAACGCCACAGGAGUACGAGAGGGAGUACAAACGUGAGCGAGAGCAGAAAGGAGUGGAGGCCAGCAAGUUCCACGGCUUUGCCUACGAUGGCAUCUGGGUGAUUGCGAAGACCCUCACACGUGUCAUGGAGCUCCUCAGACACAAGGAGAGGCACGACAUGUACCACAACUUCACGGUGGAUGACCGUGAGGUGGGCAGAAUGGUUCUGGACGUGAUGAACGAAACCAAUUUCUUUGGAGUGACGGGUCAGGUGAUGUUCAGGAACGGGGAACGUAUGGGAACCAUAAAAUUCACCCAGUUUCAAGAGGGUCAAGAGGUGAAGGUGGGCGAGUACAAUGCCAUUGCAGAUGUACUGGACCUAAUCAAUAACACCAUCAGGUUCCAAGGUGUUGAGCCACCGAAGGAUCGGACGUUUGUGCGUCUGCAGCGCCGGCAAAUAAAUGUCCCCCUCUACAGCAUCCUGUCUACCAUCACUAUCCUGGGCAUGCUCAUGGGAGGAGCCUUCCUCUUCUUUAACAUCAAAAACCGCAACCACAGGCUGAUCAAAAUGUCGAGUCCAUAUAUGAACAACCUGAUCAUUCUAGGGGGCAUGCUGUCAUACGCCUCCAUUUUCCUCUUUGGUCUGGAUGGAUCCUUUGUGUCAGACAAGGAAUUUGAGACCCUCUGUACUGUUCGUACAUGGAUCCUUAUUGUGGGUUACACAACAGCGUUUGGUGCAAUGUUUGCAAAGACCUGGAGAGUGCAUGCCAUCUUCAAGAAUGUAAAGAUGAAGAAGAAGAUUAUCAAGGACCAGAAACUUUUUAUCAUCGUGGGUGGGAUGUUGCUGAUUGAUUUGUGCAUCCUCAUAUGCUGGCAGAUCGUGGAUCCCCUGAAGAGAACUGUGGAAGAGUACAGCCUGGAGGCGGAUCCUCAGGGACGAGACAUCGCAAUCCGGCCCUUCCUAGAGCACUGCGAGAACACGCACAUGACCAUUUGGCUGGGGAUUGUCUAUGCCUACAAAGGCCUCCUUAUGCUGUUUGGAUGUUUCUUGGCCUGGGAGACCAGAAACGUGAGCAUUCCAGCCCUGAACGACAGCAAGUACAUCGGCAUGAGUGUGUAUAAUGUGGGCAUCAUGUGUAUCAUCGGGGCAGCGGUGUCCUUCCUGACCCGGGAUCAGCCUAAUGUGCAGUUCUGCAUCGUGGCACUGGUCAUCAUCUUCUGCAGCACCAUCACGCUGUGUCUGGUUUUUGUGCCAAAAUUUAUCACAAUGCGUACAAACCCGGAUGCUGCCACACAGAAUCGGAGGUUAAAGUUCACCCAGAACCAGAAGAAGGAAGAUUCCAAGACGUCCACCUCAGUAACCAGUGUAAACCAGGCCAACACUUCCCGUCUGGACGGAUUACAGUCAGACAACCAGCGCCUCCGAAUGAGAAUUACAGAGCUGGAUAAGGAACUGGAAGAGGUGACCAUGCAACUCCAGGAUACUCCAGAAAAGACUCCAUACAUUAAACAAAACCACUACCAAGAUGUCAACAAUAUUCUGAGCAUACGCAACUUCACUGACGGCAAAGAUGGAGAUAAAUCUCUGAAGAACCACUUGGAGCAGAAACCCCAGGCUCAGUGGGGAUCCAUGGAUCCUUCUAGGAUAAGCAGAGGUCCACUAGAAGACAUCAACUCACCAGAACACAUACAGCGCAGGCUGUCCCUGCAGCUGCCGAUCCUACAUCACGCCUAUCUGCCCUCCAUAGGAGGGGUGGACGCGAGCUGCAGCAGUCCCACGAGCAGCCCGGCCUCCAGCCCACGUCACAGACACAUGCCCCCCUCCUACAGGGUGAUGGUGUCCGGCCUGUGAGGCCUGGAGCCUACCCUGCACUUCGAAGAAGCGAUCAGCUUUUUUAUUUUAAGACAGACUGAGCAAUAUCAGCAGUUAAACAGAAGCGUGUGAGCAAGCCGGGGGGUCCAACUCUUCAUGCAUUCGUGACCCCCCUCCCACCAUUCAUGGCCACAUCAGACCAGAACUUUUCAGGCUAGGAGGGAGGUGACCGGAUGUCCUCACAUGGCAACCCAACCCAGACUCCCAUCCUCUCGGUCCCGUCACCUCCCGUUCCUAACUCGAUGGACUCAACGCCCCCCGCCCCCCUAAACAGCAGCACGGAUUGAUGGAGGACAGGAGCUGUAGCCUUAUCUGGUAAAAAAAGACGCUUCCGCCAGCAGCCUUUCCACGUUAUCCGUGCACAUCGGUUCUGCUGGAGCUUGUGGGAAAUGGGCAACGUAUGUGACCGAGGACUCCACCUCUUUAUUCACCACGUCAACAGCCAUGUAAAUAUCACAUUCGAACAUCAAAGUGAGCUUUGAAUAUGCUGUGAAAUGAAUUAUUCUGAUGAGGCCUGGUGCUCGGAGAACUUUACAAAAAGCCGACGAACCAGGAAGAGACACGUACACCAUUGCAACCGGUAUGAAUUUGUUGUAUUGCUUCAGUGUCCCAAUGGUGUGGUAAAUGGUAGAUAAGACUAUUGGUAUCUUUUGCUAAAGACAACUAGGAAGUGUUUCAGGGUAAUGCGGGCCAACUUUUCCAACCUGGAUAGACGUGUACCGCACAUUGUUUAUCUUCAAAAACAGUUAGCAUCAUGUAGGCCUAUGCUGGUAUCAGAGUAUCAAAAAUACUGCUUUGAUUUAUCGCAAGGAAUGUCAUGUUAGAGGUUGCGCAUUUGUGACCUCAAAGAGCCACAGGUCCAGCCGAGAGGGGCGUAAGAGACAAAACCAGAGAUUUUAGAGGGUCAGUCUUCCAUUACAGCUGAGCGAGUUGAUUCUGCAUAUCGGGACUGAAACACGCAGAUGCAGCCCUAUGCUUGGGAUGUACGAUAGCCGUCACGUGACCAGCUGUUACAGAACAAGAAGGCUCACAAAUUGUGAUAAUAACAGGGAAGUGGUACACCAUGCAGAGCAAAACCAAAAUAUCCUCACAGAAAGCUGCGAGGUUACACAAAAGAAGCAGUCCACACACAGCAAGACAGAAGAACAAUAUUGUAUUAAACAACGGGACUGAAAAAUUAGCACAAAUGUAAUUAACUUAAUAAGAGCAAGUCAUGUAUGAACAAAGCCUCGUUUUGACUUUCCGGUGCAGUCUCUCAAUUUACCCGCCCUCUGAUUAUUUCUUUUUUUUCUUUCUUUUUUUUUACUUUUGGUUGAUUAAAAACCCAACAUGUGUGAAUCCUCUACGGUUGUCGCUUGGGCUAAAAGGGCUCGGGUACCAGGGGAGAAAUGGCAGAAAGGUCCGCCCCAGUAUCAGAGUGAUAUUGUGAAAUACAUCACCUAGCUCUUAGCAACAGUGAAAUUACCUCAUAGUUGCUAUAGAAAUGUUACUUUGUGCAGUGAACUUUGCACAAUGUCUUGCAGAGAUAGGAAGCGUCAGCGAGAGCUGGUGUCAUGCUACUGUAAACCUGGAAAUGUACUGAAAAAACUAAUUAUCGGAAAUAAGCUAUGUAUCAUCCAUAUCAAAGGCAAGCGUUCGUUUCAGCUGAUAUCUCACCGUCGGAUGUCUUGGUUUUAGUUUCUGUUAUAUUUGUUUCUGUAAUGUGCGUCUUACUGGAGCCUGAUGGACCAUAUUGUGUCAACCAGGUGACAAAAACAGUGACAGCACAUAUGAUCCAUAUGAAGCCGCUGCAUUGAGGAUUUAUUUAACUUGUGACUUCCUUCUGUAUGGCUGUUAUCUAGUGAUAACGUGACAUUCAUGGGUAUGUAUGUCUCAGCUAUUUGGGAAAGCAGGAGAUUGAAACUCAACAGAAGUGCGUUUGCUUACAGCAGUUGUCAUAGUACCACACGCUCACUGAGUCAAGAUGACAAAGACCUUUAAAUACAACACCACAAACAGAUACGCAAAAAUACCACAACGCCACGGGAGCUUGUCUUAGUAUGACGGCCACGACCCUAGACUGACGUUUCUAAUGCACGAUGAGUUUUUAAGUACACGGAGGCGAUUGUCUACAUUUUGACUUGACUUUUGCAGCUUAUGACUAUGACUGAGUUUUCAUUCUGACUAUAAUCAGCUCUUAUUUCCAUGUUCAUUUCAGCGUUGUUUAUUCUUUAUGUCUUUAUGAUAUGUUGUUUGGCACAUUCAGCAGUCAGUAUCCCACAAUAUGAAACAUCUUUGGCACAUCCAAUAUUAGAAAAACAAACUGCAGAAAAUGAUGUACACUGGACAUUACAAAUCAAGGUAUCAAAUUUAUUUGCAUACUGACUUUAUUUGUUCAUUGUUUCUCAUUGCCCUUUAACCUCCUGUUAAAAUUUGUUACAGUAAUAACCUACAAUAAUGUUAUCAUUAACAUAAGUUCAUUCUCAUUGAAAAAAAAUGUGUAUGACAAUAACUGAUGAUCUGUUAAUGUUCUUAAAAGAUUGUAACUUCUAAAAAAUAUAUAUUAAAAUGUAUAUUUCUAUGAAGAGAUAGAGGGUAAUAAGCAACAAUGAAAAUGAAGUGUUAAUUCAGCUCAGAGAAUCAGUAGAAGUAAAAGGGCUAGCUCACAUUUACAUAUUGUAUUUCAUUUAAAACCUUACAGUAUAUGGCAUAAAGUUACAGUAUACUCUCAAUACAGCCUUUUGAAACUAAUUAAUUAAAAGCAAAAUUUCAUACAACUUAAUGUCAAAAAAUAGGCAGAAACUGAAAUCCACUGGUCCUAUUUUAUCUUCAGGCUGCUGGUCACUGAGGUUUUAAACACUGGUUUUAAACUUUCAGGCAUAAAUAGGAACUUUAGUAUUCAAAAUAAUAAUCAUCCAAAGGAGCGACUCAAAUAUCUAUUUUAAAUAAAUGUCUUUCAGACUGAGUUGGAGUAAAUGGGAUGUUUACAAGUUUUCUGCUCAAGGAGAGGGCAUGAUUCAUUACUCUACUUUUAAAUCAUAAUGAUGACCAUAAUAUUGAUUAGUCCAUGCUACAGAAGCCUGAUGAAAUGUAAUUAUUAACAAGAGAUUAUAAAAAUUUUAUUCAGAGUAAUCAUAUGCUAAAGUUUGUAUACAUAAAGAAUGUAUAAUAAUUUAUUUUCUAAUCUUUCAUGCAUGGUAUCCUAUGCAUACAUUAUAGAUUUAAUUUUGCAAAUCAUUUUACUAAAUCAUUUCUGACAAAUACACAACAUAAUUAUAAAAGUGGCAAUAAUAAGCUCAUUCUAACUGUAUAGAUAAGUAUAUUUACAGUAUGUUCUUGAUGGUGCAUUAAGCUGGAAGGAAGAAUCAUAUCUGCAUAAAUAUAUUUUACACUACCUGUACAUUUGGUGUAUAGUUAUGACAUUAAUGUUGACAUUGCACAGGAAUUCAUCAGUCAUGGGGAUCAUGCUUCUCAGUAACUACUGUCUUACACUUUGAAGAGUACUAAAAACAAACAUGAAGACAUUCAGAGUGUACCAUGCACCACAAACUGUUCUUUUAAAAAUGGAAAGGUAAACACUGGUCCGUCUACGCAGUAUGUAUUCAUGUCAUUACCGUUAUAGGAAAAGUGAAUUUGUGACGUAGUCUUAUUUUAAGGAAAUCACUAGAAAAACACAAAAACUGAAUUAAGACUAAGGUAGUGCUUUAUAUGAUUUCUAUUUGGACAUGUACUAUACUGUGGAUUCAAAUCACUGUGUGUGUGCAUGUGUUUGUGAAUCAAGCAAAACACAAGGUUAACCUGCUAACACAUGGCUUUUGAAACUGUAUCAUGGUCUGUGAAAUGCACAUCUGGUUGUUUAGGACUGUCUUUGCAAUAACCUUGGAAAUGAAGUCGAGAGCUGAUUUGUUGGACAUUUAAAUCUGUGAUGUUAACUACGAAACUGAAAAUGAUCUAAAUGUUGUGUUUUUCUAAAGCAAGAAAACACUCAUUUGUGCAAAGAGAUUCAUGAAUACAGUCUACGAGAUUCAAGAAAACUGUUGGGCUGGACUCCAUGUGUAUUCUAGUGUGAACUGGUCUAUCUUUGCAUCAUGUAACAAACAAUAGCAAGGCCUUGUCAUUGCCCCAGGAGAAUGAAGAACCACUUCUAAUGUAUAUAAUGUAAACAACUUUUUUUUUUUUCUGUAGAGGUAUAAUACAAUGAUAGUGGGGGAUGUUACAAAGGAUGUUAAAAAGACAGAAUGUUAGCAGUGAGCGUGUAUGUCUGUUUGCCACUGUGUGAAAACGUGCUGUCUACAAGUUUACACAAUCGCUAUACAAACUAUUUAUUCUGUGCUGGAAGACUUAUCGCUCUUUUUUUGUUUUGGUCGUUUUGCUUUACAUCUCUUUUGAGUUCACAAAACUUGUCACUGCCCAUAAAAAAAGGAAAAAAAGAGGAACUCCAUAACUAUGUUGUUUUGUUUUUCUAUACAGUGCUUUUUGGAAGUGUACACUUGUGUACUCCACUGCUGUAUCGUCCCGUGUGUUUGCACUGGCACACACACAGACACAGGAUCUCUUGAACAAAUCAAAGUGGAUGUGUUCAUUUCAUAUUUUCUUGUACCCUUAAACUGCAUGGAAAUCAUAACAUUUUUAAUAAAUUAUUGCAAAAAAAAAUGUUUUAUUAAUAAAAUUAUUAAAAUUA